CCCCCUCUGUGACUGUCACCUCUCAGCUGCACUUCACACGAGUGACUCUCCUUGCCUGUGCUCAUCAUAUGAUCCGCGGCCCGUGACGUAGUUCUAGAGGAAGAAGACGCCAUUACUUUAGGCAGGGUGCAAAGCAAAAGGCUAGGCUACUGAGAGAGGGUGGAGGAAGCCAGUCAAGUCCAGUGUGAAAAUACCGUCGUUCAUUUUUUUCCACUUCCAACGUCGGGGAGCUGUGCCCCCAUUUCCCCCCGUUACCCACAUCCCCGGACCUGACUCGGAUGUGACUGGAGUAAGGCUCUUGUAUUGGGCUCGUUUUAGCACAUAGGCUACCCGAGGAGGAAGGAUUUCUUCACCAUGGCGUCGGGCGGAGCAGGAGGCAGUAAUAAAACGUACUCUUUCAAGGUGGUUUUGUUAGGAGAAGGCUGUGUUGGGAAAACUUCCCUUGUACUGCGAUAUUGUGAAAAUAAAUUCAACGACAAACACAUCACCACCCUCCAGGCGUCUUUCCUCACAAAGAAGCUCAACAUCACAGGGAAAAGAGUUAAUCUGGCAAUCUGGGACACAGCGGGUCAAGAGCGGUUCCAUGCACUGGGCCCCAUUUACUACAGAGACUCCAAUGGAGCCAUAUUAGUAUACGACAUCACAGACGAGGACUCGUUUCAGAAGGUGAAGAACUGGGUAAAGGAGCUGAGGAAAAUGUUGGGGAACGAAAUUUGUUUAUGUAUAGUCGGUAACAAAACAGACUUGGAAAAAGAAAGGCACGUGUCCUUGGAAGAAGCAGAGGCGUAUGCAGAGUCAGUUGGAGCCAAACACUACCACACGUCGGCCAAGUUAAAUAAAGGCAUCGAAGAACUCUUUCUCGACCUUUGUAAAAGAAUGAUGGAGACAGCCCAGGCAGAGGAGCGGGCGAAGGGGAACGGCGGUGCAAGCACGGCGGCGAGCGGCCGGAGAGGCGUGCAGAUCGUAGACGACGAGCCCCAGAUUCAUGCCUCCAAUGCGGGGUGUUGCGGAUCCGGUUAACCUCCCCCACCCGUGCCAUCUCGCCCCCACCCCGUCCCCCCCACCCACACUGGCCGUGUCCCCAUUCCUCGAAUUGUCUCAAGACAACCCAGCCGCAAAUCCCCCUCCAACAUCCCUUAACGCCACCUCUUAAUACCCACUUCCGUCGUCUGCCCCCGGUUCCCCCAAAAACCCAGCCCCAGGACUGAUGUUUGAUUUUCCCCCCCACCCCCCUUUACCAUUAAGACUGCAGAUGACUGUGGAGCCUUGGCCUCGCACAACGGCACCCAAGAGAAACACACGCUCAUACACACAACUGGAGAGAACACCCAAGCUUUGUACAAAACACACACACACACACACACACACACACACACACACACACACACACACACACACACACACACACACACACACACACACAUUCACACUCAUUAGAGACUCUUACACUGCAGGAUGUAUACAUCUGAAAACUGCCCCCUGUUACGUAGCUCCACGUGCCCACAGCCAAGGACGCAGAGAUGGUAAGAGUUAAGUUGAAACGGAGGGAGGAAAGAGAAGACAUGAGGGAUAUGGAAUGUAUGCCAGUUUGAGGACAGAGCAGGCAGACUACAGGUGUGUUGGAAUAACAGAUAUGUUUGACAUACCCUCACACACACAUACACUCGCACAGGUUCAUACGCACAUAUACAUACUGUAUAUCCAUAUCCAAUACAUGUGUACAUCAUUGCAAAAAGAAAACACCAUUCAGUAUGGUUUGUAUGAGGCUUUCUACCCUUUACAGUGCUUGACAUCAUGCAUGUUGGAUUGAUUUUUUUGUGUACAAUGCUUCAUUGGUUUUACUUUUUAAAAACUACCAACUGCAACAAUGAAAAAAAGAAAUGACCUUUAUUAUUUAAUAACUUAUGUACCGAUUCUUCAUGUCUGAGAAAAAAAAAUGUACUUGUGGUCUUCAGUGAGCUCUUAUGAAUCUUGAUUCUUCUUCUUCGGUCUUUGCUCUGUUCUUUUCUUUUUCUUCUCUUUUCUUUUGAUUUCUUUCCUUCUUUUUUUGGGUGGACUAUGGCUUCUUGUGGGUGACUGCACUGAACCAUCAAUGCUUUUUUUCUGUCAUACUGAAAUCCCCUCGUUUGCCAGAAUGUGUAUGUAAAAUUUACCACAACAAAAACCAAGACGAGAAAAAAAAGACUUGUACAAUACAUAUUGAAUAUUUUAUCUGCUUUUACAAGCUUUGGGAAGAAGACUACGCAGGUGUAGAAAAAAAUGUACAUUAGUCUUGUUUAUGAUUGUAAAAUGGAAAAAAAUAACAGUUGUGGGUGAAAGCACAUUUUUGGAAUUGUAAUUUUUUUAACUGCUUGUGUCAAGUGUUUUUUUUGUAAUAGAACAAUUAUAACAAUUUACAAUG